UUGUGUCAGCAUGUGCGGGGCGGGAUAGGAGGUUGCUCUCGCCCUGUGGGCUUCGUCGCUGCGACGCUAUUGGUAUUCGAUCCUCCUGGGGAGAGUGAUGUGUGCUCUGUCGGUGGCCGUUUGUGCACCCAGGCCGCCCACAUCCGGCUUCUCCCCCUUCUUCUGCUUGCAUCUGCCCUCGGAUUCCUCGUCCGCAUCUGCCCUCGGAUUCCUCGCCUGCUCGCUCGGAUCCUUCGCCCCGUUCCUAUCCCUUGGGCCGCUGUCGUCGUUGCCCCAUUUUCAUCACGCAUCACUGCGGCUGCUGCAGAUAGAUCCCUCGCAGACUUUUCCUGACACAUCUACAUCCCGUCUGUAUCCCGUCUGUAUCCUCCUCGAUUACCACUCCCCUUUCGGCCUGUCGUUUUCCUACCCCCCCCCUUUAGCACCCUCUCCAUCCCCUCCAUGUCUGCCCUCCCGAUCCGCCCACUGCUGAUGCAGGCGCUGCAAAAGGCCAGUGAUGCCGUGGCCCUCGACACCGAGCUGCAAUUCACCGAGGCACUGCUGGCCUAUCGCGAAACAAUCCUGUACAUCGAAACCAUCAUCUCCAAGGACGAUACCGCCAUGGCCGAGUACGGCAAUGACGAAGACGACCCGGCCCAGCAGAGCAACCCGGCACGGCUCUCGGCCAACGAACGCCAGCGCCUGGUCGAGAUCCGGAACCAGUACAUCCAGCGUGUCGAUGUGCUGCUCUCGAGCCUGCCCUCGGACUAUACCGCCGUCUACAACGGCAAGACACUCCAGGCCAGCAAGCGCCUCUCCAAGAUGGCAACGGCCACAGCAGCUACAACAGCAACAGCAACAGCAACGGCAACCCCGACGACGGCGAGCCAAGUCGAAGGCGUCGAGCCUGCUGCUGAGCAACCGGCUGCGUCAACGUCAGCGCCUGCCGAUGGCCCUCGGCUCGGCCGUGCCCUCUCGCGCAAGAAGACGCAGACCAAGAAGGCAAUGCCGUCGAUCCCCGACUCGUACGAGUCGGCCUUUGCAAUGAUGCUGAUGGACGACCCCACGCAGGCGGACGACCCGGAGCCCAUGCCGACGCUGCCCAGCAUCGUCUCGGAGGCGCUCUCGACCCCGACGAGUGCCGAGGCUGCCCCCGUGGACCUGCACAAGGCCUUCUGGGUCUUCCGGCUGCUGCUCAAGACCAUGACCUACGGUGGAUACGUCACCCCGAGGCUCCAUGUGCCCCGGCAGAUGUGGUUCCAGUCGGGCAUUCGCCUCACUGCGAUGGAUGCCAAGAUGACGACCUGCGAGGUGCUCAUUCGCCAGAUCGACCAGCUUCGGGCCGUCGGCGGCACCAACAUGAACGAGCUGUUGCAUGAGCUGCAGGACAUGGAGAUUGUCACGGACGACCUCAAGGUCUCGCUGGCGAAGCGGCUGCGAUUCGUCGACGACAAGUCCGGUGGAGGCGACGACUCUGCGGGGUAUACCACCAUCGGUCGUGGUGGUGGUGGCGGCAGCGGUGGCACCCUGGGCCGAGCCAGCACUCUGACCCGCGAGACCCUGGGCCGGGCCACGACGGCGACCAAGGACAAGCUCACGGACUGGGGCUCCAAGCUCUCCAAGUCGGUCGAGAAGCUGACCAUCUCGCGCUCGCAAAAGGUCUCGGACAUAUCGACGUACGUCUACCUGCUCUCCAAGCUCAUCACCGAGUCGCAGUUCAUCGAGGAUCUGCUGACCCACUUUGAGUCCGCUCCGGCCUACAACCUCAACUCGCUGGCGCUCAUGCGGCUGCGCAACAUUGCCAAGUUCUAUGCCACCGUCGUGUGUCCCUUCAUCGUCCGAGACUUUGAGGUGCUGCUGGAGCGUUUCCUGAAGAAGAUGCGCAUGGUGGCCACCGUUUAGGUGCUUUCGUCGCUCU